AUGUCGAAGUACGACCAAGACAUCGAAUAUGCGGUCCAACCCGACCAGUAUGCUCCGGACAACAAGCCUAUCCUCGAGGCGCAACUCAACGUUGGUGGUCAUGGUGCCACGCAACGCCGUCUGCAGAACUACCAUGUUACUAUGAUCGGCCUUUGUUCUGGCAUUGGAACAGGUCUCUUCAUUGGAACAGGCUCGGCAUAUGCGAACGCUGGACCAGCAGGUCUUUUGCUUGCAUACAUCAUCGUUGGAAGUGUCUUGUGGUGUGUCAUGCAGAGCGUUGCUGAGCUGGCUACCGUGAUACCUACAGCUGGCUCAUUCCCUCACUUCGCGACUCGCUUCAUCGACCCAGCUGUCGGCUUCUCCCUGGCCAUUAGUUAUGGAUAUUGCUAUACCAUAUCCAUCGCAGCCGAGGCUUCAGCAUCAGCCAUACUUGUCGGGUACUGGACCGGUUUAACCCCUGCCGUGGUCAUCACAAUCAGUCUCGUCCUGAUCCUUGCAAUCAACUUGAUGAGCGUGCGCUGGUUCGGUGAGUCCGAGGUCAUAGCAGGUGCCAUUAAAGUCGCUUGCUUCCUGGGUCUGAUUAUCGUUUCCAUCGUCAUCACAUCUGGCGGCGCGCCCAAUGGCGAAACCAUAGGGUUCCAGUAUUGGCACUCUCCUGGAGCUUGGGUCGAUUACAACGGCAUCACCGGAUCCACAGGUCAUUUCCUAGGCUUUCUGGCUGCUUUCGUAAACGCAUCUUUCUCUUUCAUCGGCGUUGAAGUUGUGGUCAUCACGGCAGCCGAAAGCAUGAAUCCACACAAGGUCAUCCCCAGAUCCGCUACCAACGUUACAUACCGAAUCGCACUCUUCUACAUCUUGGGUGCUCUGCUCAUCGGACUGAUUGUCGACCCUACAAACCCCGACCUAGUCUCUGGCUCCGGAAACGCCAACUCAUCACCUUGGGUUAUCGCAAUCAAGGAAGCUGGCAUUGGCGCUCUUCCUUCCAUCGUCAAUGCCUGCAUUCUCAUCUCAGCCUGGUCCGCAGGAAACUCGUAUUGUUGGGUUGGAUCUCGCAUGAUCGUAGCCAUGACCACGGAUCGCCAGCUGCCGCAGUUCUUCGGGCGCACAUGGAACAAUGGUGUUCCGUAUGUGGCAGUCAUCGCCUCCUGGCUCUUCGGACCCCUUGCGUACUUGAGUCUUGGUAGUGGCGGCGCCUCGCAGGCUUUCAGCUGGCUGAUGAACUUGAGUACCGUUGCCGGAUUGAUCGCAUGGGCAACUUUGUGUUUCUGCUACAUCCGCUUCCACGAUGCGAUGAAGGCCCAGAGAGUGAGUCGUGAUAGCUUGCCGUGGAAGAGUCCCUUCCAGCCGUUCACGGCGUGGUAUGGAUUCAUCGGCGCUACGAUCAUCACGUUGAUUACUGGCUUUCCUGUGUUCUUGAAGGGAAACUGGAGCGCCGCCGACUUCGUGGCGUCGUACGUUGGUAUACCCAUCUUCAUCGUCCCGAUCAUCAUCUGGAAACUGGUGCACAAAACAAAGUUUGCUCGUGCCAAAACCAUAGAUCUUUGGUCCGGACGCCUGCAACAAGCUUAG